UACUCAUUGUUAUAGGCUGAGAAUUGUUUCGAAACAUUAGCGAUUGACAAGCCGUUCGUUUCAGUUUGAUCGAUUAUCGAAUAUACGAAAGGUCCUAAUCAUGUCGAGUAUAAAAGUUAAAGAAAUAACAUCGGACCAAACGAUGAAGUCCGAGACACGUAAUUCAGUUUGUUCUGCGAGAUCGUUGGUCGAUCUGAAUGAUACUCGAGCUAAUUCUUCAAAAAAGAAAUAUCGAUCGCUUCUGACAUCAAUACAGAAAAAAUGUAGCGCGGCAGAAGAAGAUCCUGAUGUAGGAAUUUUUCAUAAAGCCAUUUGUAAGAAUGACGAGGAAAAAGUACGUAGAAUGUUAGAUAACGGGAUGGAUCCUAACGCGGAAGAAAUUCAUUCUCGAAAGAUCCCUUUAAUCGAGGCAACUAAAAGGGGUUUCGAUAAAAUCGUGAGGACUUUAUUAAUUGCUCAUGCCGACGUAAAUAGGUGUAAUCAUCAAGGAACAACGGCUUUGCACGCUUGUAUGCGUCCGACGAAUUUUAAUCAAGAAAUUAUUCAAUUAUUUCUAGAAUGCCGGAAUGCAAAUUUUAACAUUCAAGAUAAACUGACAGGCAGUUCUCCUUUGCAUAUAUUAACAAGAAAUCUCGAAUCUAGGACCAUAAAAACCGUCUCUCUUGAGAAGGUCAAAGCGAUAUUAGAAGAAUUGGUUCCGAGAUGUAAUAUAAAUUUAAAAGACGUAAUGGGCAACACGCCGUUACAUAUAUUAGCGAAAGGAAAGGAAGACGACGUGGAAACCGUGGAAAUAUUUUUAUCCGGUAAACCCGAUGUAAACGUUAGAAAUCAUCUGGGAGAAACUCCUUUAGCAACUGCUAUAAAUAACGGAAAUUAUAAAAUGGCAUUAGCUAUUUUGAAACACGACGUCGAUCUCGGGAUAAGAGAUAGAUACGAAUGCACCGCACUUCAUCACGCCGCCAGAAAGAAUUCGGUGUUACUAGUUGCAAAAUUACUAGAGAAAGGAAGUGACGUCAAUGCUCAAGAUCCUCGUGGAGAUACGGCUUUGCACAUCGCAGCGGGAAGAGGCUUGGUGGAUGUUGCCACUGUGUUGCUGGAACAUCCCGAAGUAAAUAUUAACAAACAGAACGAAGACGGAUUUACGCCUUUGAUGUGUGCCGUCGAUAGUUAUUUUACUAAAAUCGUCAAGAUGCUUCUAGAUAAGAAUUGUGAUUUAGAUAUUAAAUCCGAUCAGGUAAAUAAAGAUGCAUUGGAUAUUGCAAAAGAACACUUGAUAAAGAGAAAGAAGAGAGACAUUUAUCAACUUUUAUGUGAAAAGAAAAAUAUCUCAAAGAAACAAAAUUUUUGAUACUUAUGUAGUCCCUCGGAUCGUUCAAAAUAAAUUAAAUUUAGCUAA